UUCUACUCACCAUUUUAAUCAAUAGCACCCCAAAAAAUAAAAUGGCCGGAAAAAACACAUGCAUGGGCGUCCAUGCAGCUCUAAUUAUGACAAUUCUCCUCACCGCCACCGUUGCCACGGCGGACGACAAUACACCGAUACCAUCCGACCAUUCCCAAAUCAACACAUGGUUCGAUAACAAUGCGAAGCCAUACACAGAACGGCAGAGCACGCUUGACCCUGCCGUUGUGACGGCCGAGGCUGGUCAAACAGUCAUCAAGGUCAUGCAAGAUGGAAAAGGAGACUUCAAGACCGUCACUGACGCUAUUAAUAGCAUUCCGGCCGGGAACACGAAACGUGUCAUUGUGCAUGUUGGCGGAGGAGAGUACAACGAAAAAAUUAUGAUUCCACGAAAUAAACCAUUUGUCACUUUAUAUGGUUCUCCAUCAAAUAUGCCAAAUUUGACAUUUGAUGGCACGGCCCAGAAGUAUGGAACUGUAAACAGUGCUACAGUGAUUGCAGAAUCUGACUACUUUGUUGCCGCUAACCUUCUUAUUAAAAACUCUUCGCCAAGGCCAGAUGGGAAAAGAGUGGGAGCGCAGGCGGUGGCAUUGAGGGUGUCGGGCAACAAUUCAGCCUUGUACAAUUGCAAGUUGGUUGGAUUUCAGGACACCCUUUGUGAUGACAGGGGCAAUCAUUUGUUCAAGGACUGCUACAUUGAAGGCACUGUGGAUUUCAUUUGGGGAAGUGGAAAGUCUCUCUAUUUGAACACCGAGUUGCAUGUGCUGGGAGAUACUGGAAUAACAGUGAUAACAGCACAAGCAAGGGACUCAGCUUCGGAGGACACUGGAUACUCAUUUGUUCACUGCAACAUAACUGGGAUAGGCAGUGGCACAUAUUUGGGUAGGGCUUGGAGAGUUAGACCUCAGGUGGUGUAUGCUUACACCAGCAUGACCGAGGUAGUUAACCCUGCCGGUUGGAGCAACGAUAACCACCCCGAACGUGACAACACUGUGUCCUACGGAGAGUACAAGUGCAUUGGUCAAGGUUCAAGUAUAUAUAAUAAGAGAAAUUUGAGCAAAGAACUAACAGACGAACAAGUCAAGCCUUUCAUUAGCCUUGGAUAUAUUCAGGGUUCCAAAUGGCUGCUUCCUCCUCCAAAUCCAAAAGUGUAGUUAUAUAUAUAUAUAUAUAUAUAUAUAUACAUAUAUACACAUAGUACGUGUGUUUAUGCAUUCAGUGGCGAAACCAGGAAUUGUCGUGGGAAGGGGUGAAAAGGGGUACUGUUGACCAACACCGUAGAACGAUUUCUCAGUCGUUGCGGUAGGCAACUGCUUAGUGCCUAGAUGAGAUCUAAGCAGUGCUGGACAUGGAUUUUUGAAAUAAUGGCCAAACCGCCAGCUGAAUAUUUUUGUUCACAAAAUUAUAUACAAAGUCUAUUUCAAUUGCAUUAA